AUGCUCGUCCGACCUGCUCUUCGUGCCAGAUCUCUGAGUCGCAUUGCGUAUACCAGGAUCAUAUUUGAUCCCGCCACCAUUGCAAUUCUCGAUCGCUUGACAGAAAUCCAACAGUCUCUCAAUUCCAUAAAUCCUGAAGGGGUGACGGCGGCCCUACCUUUGAAAGGGCCGCCAAAACAGUACACGGCCGACUUAAGCCCACAAACGCCACAGACUGUGUCUCUGAAGAUCCCUGCAGCCAGGAUAUGUCCUGAUGCAAUUUUGUCGUGGCCGAUCUUCCAAGAGGUUCGCUUGCAAACAACUCUGAAUAGUCUCACUCUUGCCGACCACGAUCAUGGUCUUGAAGAAGUUGCCAACACCGAUGUCAAUUUGGCCCUCAUACCAGAUCUCAUUGACCGCUUCUUGCAGUUUGUGCACGUUAAGAAUCCCGUGGUAAAUACGGUUGUCCUACGUCAAUCGGCCGUCAGGGUCGAAGUGAGCGAGACAUCUCAGAACGCUCAUUCCUGUUUAGUGUUCCUCGCCUGCGCCUUAGGCUGUUUAGCAAGUCCACUUCAAUAUGAUUAUCGCUCGGCAGAACGUGAUGACCACGCCGAAUCACUUCGCGCUACAGGAGAGCAGUUCUAUCAGAAAGCGUUGGAGAGGCUCUCCUUACCUGGCGAUCGGAUUUUGACCACGCAAUGCUGGUUUCUUAGCGGGGUCUACCAGAUGUACAAGCUAAAUGCCGCUAGAGCAUGGAUGGACUUUUCUCGAGCCUCCGCCAUUCUGAGUCUCCACUUGCGACACAAGGAAGCAGCUGUGGGUAAUGAAUCGAACGGGGGGCAUUUAGAUUCGGCAGAGCUGAGCCUUUACUGGACAUGCUGGAAGUCAGAAUGUGACUUACGCGCGGAGCUCAACAUACCCGACUCGAUUUUAUGUGAGUUCAACGUAUCCGACGGGUACCCAAUACCCUCGUCCGUAAGCGCGACCGAUUCCGAAGCAGUGCUGUCCGGGACGCCAACAGACUCAGAAGACUUGUCACAUCUCUGGAAGUUAUCCACGUAUUACUACUUAUCAGAUGUUGCACUCAUGCGGGUAGAAGCGCAGAUACUUAACUUUAUGUACAGCACUAACGACUCGCAAUGGUCACCUGCCAAUCUAUCUUACAUGUGCCGGACAGCCGCGGAUCUCGAAUCCCAAAUAGAUCACUGGUUCAGAAACCGACCAUCCAUAAUCCACUUCGAAGAAUGGGACUCGGCACCCAGGUUUGAGCUGACGUACAACCUGCAAGCACGGGUUCUGCAGCUGAGAUCGUGGCUCUAUCGGCCAUUUGUAUACUACGCAAUUCAUCAUGACGAUGGGCAGAUUAAUGAGAACGAGGAGGCUAUGAAAUUUAUGCGGAAAGCUAUCGGGUGCAGUUUCCAUAUAAUCAACUCCAAGGCGACGCAGCACCGACAUCAUGGAACCUGGUUUGUCGCCCGCGGUGUACUCAGUUCAGCCCUCAUAAUAAUUGCAGCUGUCAAGGCGGACAAGGGACUCGUGGACUAUUUGGCAGAUUGGCCGGACUUGUUAGACCAGGCGAUAAGGUCUUUGACUCAUUGGGCUUCGGAGGCGCGGGAUCUGGCUUACGCGGCUGUUGUUCUUGCUAAUCUCAAGAAAAAGUUGUGUACUUAA